AUGAUAAUUGCACGACAGGGUGGAAUCGGCAGACUUCGAUUUAUUUUGCUCAAUGCGCUUAAAUACAUUCCUCUCUUCGGUUAUUAUUUCUAUCAGCAUGCACUCAGAAUACGAUCUAAUUAUUGUAUUUCAUUUCAGCAUUGCUUCAUUUUCAUGAAUCGCGACAAUUUUGAGGCUCACAAGGCUGUUUCAACAAUGGACUACAUUAAGAAAAAACAACUUUCAUGUUGGAUUGUUGCGUACCCUGAAGUUGAUCGUUUCAAUCCUCGUAAACCGGAAGCUAUUAAUAAGAGCCGCGAAUUCGCCAAGUCGAAGGGUUUGGUCCCCUUAGAAUAUCAUCUUACUCCCCGCGUACGUGGUUUGGAAGUCCUCUUGAAUAACUUGAGUUCCCAUCUUCAUGCUGUCUACGAUUUGACUGUGGUCUUUGGUGAUGAAGACGGAAGCUGUUUGGACAAAAGCAAGCCUAUGCCUGGCCUUCUUGCUUACUUGACUAAGCCUCGCACUCUACAUAUUCACCUUCAGAGAUACCCGAUUGUAGAUAUACCAAAAGAUCAUGAUGCUCUUCGUUGUUGGCUGUCCUCUAGAUAUGCUCUCAAAGACAAGUUGUUCGCCGAUUUAGAGGAAGUGAAGAAGGCCAAAUCAAGACAGCCCAACGCAGAAGAAGUUAAAGCCGUAUUCCUCAAGAAUUUGUCAGUUAGUAAAGUGCCGAAUGGAUUUGAUCAAUUGCCACGCUUGCGCAAACGGUGGCUAUUUACCGCAUUCUUCUGUAUGGUUUCCUUCACAGUUCUUCUCCUCUUUGUUCACCCAUGGCUUCAAUAUGCAUACUUUGGAAGUGUUCUUGGAACAAUCUUCUUUGGAAUUCCCUAUGUCUGGCUCACGGUCUAA